CUGAGCAAUGCAGAGCCCACCAUAUCAUAGAUAAGGGACAGAAAGACAAGGCUGGGAAGAAAGAGCAGACCACAGAGAGACUGACCAAGGAGAGGACACAAGAGAGAUGAGUCGAACAGACAAAGACGAGCCUCGGCCACCCUGCCACCGGAAUCGCUGCCCUGCUGCAAAGAACUUCAAACAGUGUGCAUGAAAAUAAAUGCUGUGAGAUCUGAAGGAGGGCACCAGGACGCCACACGCCUGGAGAGGGGCUUACAUCGCUCGGGUCAACAGGAAUGCAGCCGCGGCCACAUAUACUGACCUACAGCUUGCAGAACUUCUGGAUUUAUGCAAACAAAACGUCUGUCUUCCUUCUUGUUGCAUGAUCUCACCCAUCCACCACCCCAGAGGGCAUACACUAGACUGCUGCAGAUUGUUUCUCCCAUGGCGAGCAUUUCGGGCUCUGAACUGGGAACCAUUUGCACCUCCAAGAUUGUGUUCCUGCUGAUUUGCCUCCUGUUGCUCCAGGCGCCUCUCCGUGGACAAAGCGGCCCCAUUUCGCGGACUCAUCAGAGGAUUCGUCCUGCUCCAGGGCUGGGGGACGGGCAUGGAGGGGUGGUGGACCCGUCCAUUUUGGAGCAGGAAAACAACGCUGACAUGCAAAACCUGCUGAGGAGCUUGAAGGAACAGUUUCUGCGCACUUUCAACCUGUCGGGUAUGGGCCCCCCGGCCUUGCCUCCAGGGAGUACGAGAGAAGAACCCCCUGAAUACAUGAUGGAACUUUAUAACCGCUUCGCUAAUGACCACAGUGCCAUGCCCACCGCCAACAUCAUCCGCAGCUUCAAGAAUGAAGAUUCAAGCCCAAGCAUGGUGGGUGUUGGGGGAGUGAGGCGCCACCCACUCCUUUUCAAUGUGUCAGUCCCCCAUCACGAGCACAUAACAGCGGCGGAACUUCGCCUCUACACUCUUGUCCAGACUGACCGCCACCUUUAUGCCGGUGUUGACCGAAAGGUCACCAUCUACGAGGUGGAGUCGCAGGACUGGACGGAGAACAUGACCGACGGGAAGGCGGCGCGAAGAGAUGCGUUCGGACUGGUGCAGGAGCGGACAGAGCGGGUGGAGCUGGUGGAGCUAGCUUCCCGACAGGUCUAUGGGACGGAUAACGGCUGGGAGGCCUUCGACCUGACUGCUGCCGUUCAGGGUUGGCGCAAGUCUGAAAGUGGCACCACACACCGGUUGGAGGUGCACAUUUCCAGCAUAGCUGACAGUGAGAACGAUAAAGAUGUGAGGAACAGCAAGGAUGCGAGUGCACCUGAAGGAGACAUGAAGAUUGACAAUAGUCCCGAGGAAAAACACAAGCCCUUGUUGAUUGUUUUCUCCGAUGACCAAAGCAGGGAUCAUCGAGAAGAUAAACGUGAACUGAACGAGAUGAUAAACCACGAGACUUCCAAUGUGGUCGAGCAGAGCGAUGACCUAUGGGGAGGUCUGGAUAGAGACGAGAAUGAGGAAGCUACAGACGAGGAAGACCUGAUACAGAGGCGCUCAAACCUGAUAUAUGACACUGCAUCCCGCAUUCGCAGGAACGCCAAAGGAAACCACUGCAAGAAACAGUCUCUGUAUGUGGAGUUCAAGGACAUUGGCUGGGACAGUUGGAUUCUGGCUCCUCCCGGCUACGAUGCCUUUGAGUGUGCAGGUGUUUGCUCAUACCCACUGACAAAGCAUCUCACCCCCACAAAGCACGCCAUCGUUCAGACACUGGUCAGCAUUAACAGUCCUCAGAGGGCAGCGCGAGCAUGCUGCGUGCCCACCAAGCUGGACCCCAUCUCCCUGCUGUACCUGGACGAAACAGGGGUGGUCACCUACAAGUACAAGUAUGAAGGCAUGGUGGUGGCUGAGUGUGGCUGCAGAUAGUCCACGGACUCAGAGCUGAACGCUAUCAGUCUUACCCCCCAAGAGGAAAGACAUAAAACUAUCAAUAAGCUGCAAUUAACUAGGCUGACAAAGGAACUGUUGGAAUCCAUGAUGCUGCGUUCACACGGGCUCAGAACUGUGCGUUCAAGCGACAAGUUCCAAUAAAAAGUUAGACAGGUGAAUGUGGGCAUUUCAGGCUCCUGGAUUCAAAACUCUUGCAAGUUUUUAAUUCAGUUUUGGGCUCUACGUACAAAACUUGCAACCAUUGAACACAAAAGCUAAAUCAGCUGAACUUUGACCAGUUUAGGACCUUUGCUUUGGUAGGGACAUAAGAUUCUGAAACACCAGUCAUUUGAAAAGUUAUCAUUCAGAGAAAUUACUAAUUGUGGUUUGUAUAUGACACCAAGUCUCUCAGAUUUUGGAAUACAGCUGGAAAAGAAAAAGCCUCUGGAGAAAAGAUUCACAAGAUUUGUACCGCUUCGACAUUUUAAGCCAAACCUCUUCCAACUGUAGAUACAUGCACAAGUAUCUGGUAUCUACAGUCCAGUGUAAACACCAUAUGCCUAGAGUGCAUUUAAAUGCCUACGUUCAGCACAUUCUUGCACUUGCAACACAUGUCUGGUGUGUACGUAGCUUCAGAGUUAAGCUAGAUACACACAAAAGGAUACUACACAUACAGAACUACCAGAGCCAAAUCCCUCAUUGGUUGAACUGGUUCAGCUUUUGAUGGCCACGAGUUUUGGGCCUGAAAAUGUACGUAGCUACAUGUGCGUGCAAGAGUUUUGAUUGCAGAAGCCCAAAACGAGCCUAUUUGCACAUUUACAUAGACUUUUUAUUGAAAGUGGUCCAGACGUGAACGCAGCAUUAGUAUCAUUUGACAGAACUGUAUGCACUUCAAGUUGUAUAAUUUAUGAUUUCAUUUAAAAGGUUAAAAAAGUUAUAUGAAGCUGUAGAGGAUUAGUUGUCCUUUUUUACCAAAAAUGAUUUCAAGAUGAUGUCGUGCCAGCAGGACACCAGAUUUUCUGAAGAAGAGAUUUGUCCGUUUGUGCAGCCUGAUGGGAACUGGUGGAUCCUCCCCCGUCUCUCUUCCCCUUCCUCUGCUCUUAUCUCUGGCCUGCCCGCUCAAUGCAAACACUAAUCAGCACUGCAUGUGCCUCAGCACAGUGAAAUGACCUCCCUAAGGCAACCUGAAAAAGCCAUGAACUCUCCAGGCCCGGCUCCUGCAGCCCCCCUCCAGAUACGUGAGCGCUGUGCACGGGCCCUGGAGCGCGGGUUAUCUGACUCAACCCCGUUUCCCACUUCACAUGCCUCUUCUCCACUCCCCCGAGUUACACAGAUAGCGAGGUGUUGGGGGCUGAGAAACAUGUAUGCCACCAUUCAUGCUUGGAGGGCUUGAAGUCAUUCAGGACACGUUUUGAUGUGGCUGGAUGGGGGUGUGGGGAGAGGAGCCAGGAGACGUCCACAUUCUUGGGCAAGUGUUUCAGUUGGCUGACCUUGCACUUUGUGCCCCCGCCGUAUCUUCAACAAAGUCAUCCAUCACUUCUGUGGAAAAACAUCGGCUUUUUGGAGCAUUUUUGUCUGGAAAGGAUUGCAGAGUCGCCUUACAAAUACCUUGAGGAAAUACUUUCUUUGGUUAUAAGCCUUUUGAUACCUCUGCUGCUUGUGUCAAAUAAAAGACUAUUUAUUGUUCUAAUUUAUUACUUUUUACAACAGAGUAAAAGACUAAAUAUACAUAUGUAAAUUUGUAAGUUGGCAUAGAGCUAGUUUUGUAACAAUGACAAUGCAUUUGCAGCAUAAAGACUAUUUUGUUGGGAAAACAAUUAGCAAUGGUUUUUAAAUCAAUAAAAUGCAAAAAUGAUUAAGAAAUAUAAA